AUGCUGGGCGCAUGCAACGUCAACACCAACGCGCAGCCCGAGCUCCGUGGCCUGAUCAAAAAGUGGGCCGUGUUCAAGCCGGGAGCCUUCAAGGUGGGUGUCCUGGGAUGGCUCACCCCCGACACAAAGUACCUCCAGCUCAACUCUGGAAAUGUGACGUUUGGGGACGUCAUCCCCAGCGUCAGGCGCUGCGUGGCAGAUCUGAAAAGGGCUCACACAGACCUCGACCUCAUUAUUGGGAUGUCACACACAGGCUACUCCUAUGACCUUCAGACCGCCAAGGCUGUGCCGGAACUUGACCUUAUACUUGGGGCCGCCGACUGCGUGUCCAAGGGUGCGUGCGACGCUUCGGCCGGCUUGUUCCCCACAAUCGUGAAGACCAAGGUUUGCAGCAAUGCCACAACACCAGGGCGGGCCCGCUGCACCCCCAAGGAGGUUCCUGUGGUGCAGGCCUACUACGCCUCAAAAUACUUGGGCAGCCUCAAGAUUGACAUGGUGACUAAGAAGCUGGUGGCAGCUGCCCCUGUGCUGUUGGGCGGCCUAAACUCGUCCCAUCCAGUGGCGGAGGACCCCUCGAUUCUGCAUAAGAUCAGGGGGCUGGCGGGGCCCGUCAAGGCGCUGGAGGGGAAAGUGGCCGGCAGAGUGGCUUUGCGCCUCGUGGCGGGCAACACGGCGCGGCAGCAGGAGACCAAUUUCGGUGACUACAUGGCCUCGCUGCUUGUCAGACGCGCCAAGGCGCUGCCGGGGUUUGAGGGGAGGUUCGGGCCCGUGGAUGUGGGGCUAUUCACCGGCGGCGGCUUCAGGACCGAUAUCGAGGCUGGCAACGUCACCUACGGCCAGGUGCUCACGGCCAUGCCCUACGGGAAUCUACUCGCCAUCAAGGUGGUGGCAAUGACAGAUAAGGUCAUUUACAACCUGGCCUCAAACUCCUACGUUUUGUCCGGCGGCGACGAUUACACGAUGUUCACUGAACGCCCGUUCCUCUUCCCGUCGGGUGACACAAUGGAUGCUCUGAUGACAAGCGACCUGGCAGCUGCCAUGCCAAAGCCGUCUCCGCCCGCCGCGGCCCAGCAGCAGCAAGCGGCCCAGUCGAGCGCCGAAAGCGCCGCGGUGCCCCAGGCAUCUGCAGUGGUGCGGCGCUUCUACGAGGCCUACAACACCCGGGACCUGGAUGUCAUUCAAUCGCUCAUUGCCGAUGACAUCAGCUACCAUGAUCUGGUGUAUGAGGAGCCGCAUGAGGGGCGGGAGGGCGUGAUGGCCUGGCUGGAGAAGGUUCGCAAAUACGCCCCUGACGACCUCAAAUUUGUUAUCGAGGACAUCACGGAGGGGGACCCCUUCAGGGCCGGGGUGCAGUGGCACGUGGAGUGCGGCGACGGCGUCUUCUUCCCCUUCUCCCGGGGCUGCUCCUUCAUACGCGUGAACGAGAGGGGCCAGAUCGUCUCCGUGCGGGACGUGGUGGAGCCCUCCAUCAAGCCGGGGGACAGCACGCUGCAGCUGCUGGGCUCGCUGACGCCCCUCAUCCGGUCCCUGGGCCCCGCGGCCAACCCCGCAAACCUCAAGCCGGCCCUCAACGCGGCCGCCCUGUGGGGCCUCUACGCAGCAUACCUCGGGAUCGUCAUGUUUUCCACGCUGCCGCCGGGCCCGCCCGCGUACGCGACGCCGCAGCCGGUGCUGCUUGAGGCGUUUGACGAGUCGGUCAACAUCUUCUGGAUCAACGAGGUGCUGCGCAACCUGAACCUGUCCCCCAUCCCCGUCGCCCCGCACCACCCCGUGUCCGAGGUGAGGGGGCACCCUGCUGACCGUCGCCCUAGAGAGCGCCGCUCAUCAUCGCGGCUCUAG